AUGGUGCUUGGUCUGACCUUAUGCAGCUUGCAGCCAUUCAUUCCUGUGAUUCUGGCGAUUGGCUUUGCCUUCCGCCGACUCGUCUUCGGAUACCUGAUUGUCUUCGUGGAGACAAAGAAGUCCGACUCCGGAGGGCAGCUUUGGAGGGCCCAGAUGCAGCACACGCAGAUGGGGCUGGUCAUCUACAUCCUCGUGAUGACCCUGAUCCUCUUGGAUCGGGAAGAGUCCAUGGUGGCUGCCAUCUUCGCCGGAAGCAGCGGCUCCCUCGUGGCGCUUUACUGGUAUUGGUGGCCAUCGCUGCUUGAUCUAACUUCCCUGCCCGUGCAGCAGGCUGAGUUGAAGCCAACUUGCCUGGGACGCGAAGACGACGAGGCAGACGGGGCCGAGGCCGAGCAGAGUUUCUCACCUUACCUUCAACCGGAGCUGCGCGUGACGCUCCCGGUGACAGCUUUGAUUCGGCAGGACUCAACCAUCUGGGACGAGUCGGACAUCUUUGAAGCAUCCGGGGAUGCUGGAAGUGCGCAACCUCCAGGUGCGGACGGGACAGCCUGCGGGUCGACUCUGCCGGGGACUGCUUGUCGAAGAUCGACGCGGUCAUUCCUGGAAUGGAUCUGCCCGGGACUCUCAGGGUGUGCUCUGCGCGAAUAG